UCUGCUGGCACGCGACGUUUUUUUUCAGGAAUAUUUCAUGUUUUUGGGGGUUUUUUUCCAGGAAUAUUUCAUGUGUUUUGGGGGUUUUUUUCCAGCAGAAAGACAAAAAUCAAGUUUUGCGUUUUGGUGAUGUAUCGUGUUUUCCUGGCUGCCGCCCUGCUGGCUUGUUGUACAGGAGAGUCCUCCGUGCAUGGUCCCCCAGAGAAGGUCCUGGCCUCUGCUGGUGGGGAUGUCAUUCUGCCCUGCAGUUUCAGCAUCACCGCCAGCGAUGACUUUCCAACGGUGGAGUGGUCCAAGAAAGACCUGCAGCCAGACGUCGUCUUCUUGUACCAGAAUCACUGUGAGACUUAUGCGAUGAAGAAUCCGGCCUUCAAGUACAGGACCAGCCUCAUUAUGGAAGAACUGCAAAACAGGAACGUCUCGUUACGGAUCUCCAACGUGCAGCUGUCUGAUGCAGGGAGAUACCAGUGCAAGAGGAUCUGGGGGAACGCCCCCCACGACAUUACGACAGUGGAGCUUGUUGUGGGUGCAGUUUCUGAGCCCAAACUCUCGGUGAUGAUUUCAGCCGAGAGCGGAGGGGUGACUCUUCAGUGUGAGGCGGACUGCUGGCUGUCGGAGCCUGAGAUCACCUUUCUGGAUGAUCGCGGAAACAGCAUCCCUGCUGAUGAGCAAAGAAGACGUGAAGAUGUCAGUGGGUGUUGCACUGUGAGUCGAAGAGUGACUCUCCAGGAUGCUUCCAGCAGGGUCACCUGCAGAGUUCACCAGCCGGAGAUCAACCAGACCAGGGACACACACAUUUCUAUACCAGUUCACUACAUACAGUCCUGCUUUCUAACCGCUGGCAUCGCUGUUGGACUGGUUUUACUUCUAGUAGCAGCCUUGGGUGGACUAACGGUCUUUUUAUGGAAGAGAUGUGGCAAAUGUGCGGGACAGAAACUGCCAGUGAGCAGGCAGUCAUCAGAUCAAAGCAGAGUGAGCAGUACCUCUGGAAAUCAACCGCUUCUGCAGAGCGUCAGGGCUGAGACGGCCGACAACCGCACCAUUCAGAAGCUGACGAGAGACGUGGCUGACCUCAAGUCCAAGCUUCAAGAGAAAGAAGACACCAUUCGCCAACUACAGAACAACAACAAACCUCAGCAAAGUCCUGUUGUUUGCCAUCUUGACCAGCCAACGAUCGCGUGCAGUCCUGCAGCCUCAACCAACAGCCACCCUCCAGCAUUUGGCAGCUUACCCCAGAAUCAGGGUCCGAAACCUGGCAUCUCGCAACAAAACAGCACUCGUGCGCCUGGCCGCCCGAUCCCAGGAAUGAAUCGUGCCAACAGCAGCCCUGCUGUGUUGAGCUUUGAUGACGCACUGUGCAGUUCUUCUUCAGCCAACACUUCAAAGAAAAAGCUCGGCGAUAUCCGUCGUUGUAAGAGUGAGUCAGCUCAGCCCCGUCCAAACAUUCCCAAACUUCAGCGUCGACAUUCCUUUGCGCCUACAUUGUCGACCCUGUCUAAUAACCGCUUCACACCCCUGGCAAAUUUAUCAGAGGAAGCGGAGCUGUUAGUGCCGUGAGACAGGAGCACAAAGCAGUAAAAGUUUCAGUCUUGCAUUUUCUGAAACCUUAGCAAAUAAAAAAACAAAUGAUAAUGAUUUUUGUAAUUUGGGUGAACUGACCCGUUAAAACCCUGUUAUCAUAGUAUAUAGUAAAACACGGUUGUCUAUAAGAAAAUAAGCUCUCACUAUAUAUAUAUAUAUAUAUAUAUAUUUUUUUUUUUUUUUUUUUCUAAUAACAACUCAGGCAUUUUAAUUAACUCAAAACAAGCAGGUACUUGCAACAGAUUGAAAAAGUGACUUCAGCUUUUUAGCUCACGUGAUAUUUUGCAGACUUUGUUUCCCCCAGUUUCCAGUCUUUACGCUAAGCUAAGCUAAGCUAACCAGGUGCUGCCUCCGGCUACAUAUCUACCGCACAGACAUGAGAGAGGUAGAAAUCUUCUCAUCUAAUUCUUGGCAAGAAAGCGAAUAAGCAUUAUUUCCCAAAAUCUCAAACUUCGCCAUUAAGCAUAAGCGAGCUUGUAUUUUUUAUGCUCUAUUUUAAGCUUGACUUUCCUCCCACGUGCCUGCCAUAAGACAGGUUCAGCCAAUCACAACAAGCGACACUACACAUGACGACAGCUACACAGCAACAAAGCGGCUAGCGCUCUUUGAUAAGAACCGCACUCAGAUUGUGGCACAGGCCCAGUUAGCAGUUACCAAAGUCCACAAAGGUACACAGGUGCUGCAGCAGUGCACGCGUCACCUACAGCUGGGUCAUCUGUACUGUUUACAUGAUAGAAACUGGAACAGCUCUUUGCCACGGCCUCUUAAAUUCAUCUUAGCAGACCCUGGAUUAAAUAGCCCUUUGUCUCUGGGUUUUAGCUGCUACCUGCUUGCUAAAAUGGGUAUAGCUGAUGUCAGAGCUCUUUAAACUGGCUCUCUGUCAUUUUGUACUUAUGUCCUUUAUUGAAAUAACUGGGGAAAACGUUUUAAAUUUGCCUCACAAUAGAUGUAAAUACUUUUGAUGUGACCAUUUUUAUUGUUACUUAGUGCCAAGCUUUAUGUACCGACAAAGGACUUGACACCUGCAGGUUGUUUCACAGUGUCUUUAUGGAGAGCAUGUUUAUAUGAAAACGACACCGCAGGUUAUCACCAUAAAUCUUUGGAGGCUGCACAUGCAGGACAAGAAGGUCCUUUUGUUUUCCUAACAACUGUCAGGUUUGAUUUUUAUGCAUUUAUCUUUGUUUUUACCUGCAGCUGCCACUUUCUGCUCACUUUGUGUGCAUUUCUACCGGUGUCAGGCACAUAACCUUUAUUUAAUGUGUUAAGAUAAGAUUUGAUGUCUGGGGUUGUAUAUAAGGGCUUCUGUAUUUAAAAUGUCUUUGUAUUUGUGAUAAAGUAUUGAUUCUUAAUUUAAUUCAAAUAUCUUAAUUUUUGUAUGGAUUAUGUAAAUAAGAAUACAUUUUUAUGUGUUUUACAACUGCCCUUUUUUAUGUCCACUACACUCUGUUGUGAAAUAAAGCACUUUGUUUAA